AUGGGAAUUGUUAUUCGGUAUGUGAAUAAAAGUGGAUGUAUUAUUGAACGUUUUCUUGGCCUUGUGCAUGUUACUGAUACAAGUGCUGCAUCACUUAAGAAAGGCAUUUAUUAUUUCUUUUCCAAAUAUGGAUUGAGCAUAUCUAGUUUGAGAGGUCAAGGCUAUGAUGGAGCCUGUAAUAUGCGAGGUGAAUUCAAUGGGCUUAAAAGUUUGAUACUAAAAGAGAACUCUCAAGCUUAUUAUAUACAUUGUUUUGCUCACCAACUUCAACUUACACUUGUUGUUGUUGCUAAAAAGCAUGUAAGUGUUAGUUCUUUUUUUAAUACUGUUGCACGUUUAUACAAUGUUGUUGGUGGUUCUUGUAAGUGUAUGGAUAUGCUUCGAGAGAAGCAAAUAGAGAAGAUUCUUCAAGGAAUUGAAAAUGAUGAAAUACAGACUGGAAGGGGUCUUAAUCAACAACGGUCUUUGAAACGACCGUCAGAUACUCGCUGGAGUUCCCAUUAUGGUACGCUAAUGAACAUUAUACAUCUUUUUUCUUCUAUCAUUGAGGUUCUUGAAUACAUUGGAGAGAAUGGUAAAGAUGAUGCACAAAAGGCCGAAGCAGUUGAUUUGUUAGACAUUAUAAACCGUUUUGAAUUUGCAUUUGUUCUACACCUUAUGAGAAAAAUAUUAGGGAUUACACAUGAAUUGUCACAAGUUCUGCAGAAAAAGGAUCAAGAUAUCAUAAAUGCAGUUAAUCUUGUUAAGGUUUCGAAGCUGCAUUUACAAGAGAUGAGAGAUAAUGGUUGGGAGAUUUUGUUAUCUACAGUUUCUAAAUUUUGCAGUGUGGAAGACAUAAAUAUACUAUGUAUGGAAGAUGUAUAUGCAAUUCGUGGUAGGUUACGGCGUAGAUCUAAGGCAAUUACUAAUCUUCAUUAUUAUCAAGCCGAUUUAUUUUAUUCAGUGAUUGACACACAAUUGCAUGAGUUGAACAAUCGUUUUGAUGAAGCGAAUACAGAUUUGCUUAUAUCGAUGGCAUGCUUAGAUCCAAAAGGAAGAUUUUCUUCGUUUGAUAAAAAUAAGCUGAUAUGCCUAGCAAGAUUCUAUCCAAAGGAUUUUUCUCCAAUUUCUCUAAUUGAGCUUGAAUGUCAGCUGGAUACCUUCAUUAUUGAUAUGCGCUUGGAUGAAAAUGUUUCUGAGGUGGUGGGAAUUGCUAAUCUUGCUCAAAAGAUGGUCGCGACAAGAAAAGAUGAUGUCUUUCCAUUGGUGUAUUUAUUAAUAAAAUUGUCUUUGACUUUACCAGUUGCUACUGCUAUAGUGGAAAGGGCUUUUUCUGCCAUGAAUAUUAUCAAGAGUCCCCUACGUAAUCGAAUGGGUGAUGGGUUAUGUAAUGAUUGUUUGGUAACUUAUAUUGAGAAAGAUAUAUUCGCAUGCAUCACCAAUGAGACUAUAAUGCAACGAUUCCAAAAAAUGAAAAAUAGGAGAGGAAUGUUAUGA